AUGUUUCAUGUCAGGGUUGCCCGGCUAUUACCAACUCUGCUGGGAGGCCGAGCCCUGCACCGCACACAGGGACACCCCGCGGCCAGGGUGGCAGUGGUGGGUUUAUAAUGGGGGUACAGUGUGUAAUAUGGGGGGUACAGUGUGUAAUAUGGGGGGUACAGUGUGUAAUAUGGGGGGUACAGUGUGUAAUAUGGGGGGUACAGUGUAAUAUGGGGGACAGUGUGUAAUAUGGGGGGACAGUGUGUAAUAUGGGGGGGACAGUGUGUAAUAUGGGGGUACAGUGUGUAAUAUGGGUUGACAGUGUGUAAUAUGGGGGGGUCACAGUGUGUAAUAUGGGGGGACUGUAACAUAUCACCUGUUACCCCGACUGGGUACCUCAGUUGAAGGAUGCUCCUAGUGCUUACAGAGGGCUCCAAGCACUCCAGCCGACACCAUAACCACCGUAGACUCCUUCAGAGAGCAAGACAGGAACAAGCUCUUACAAGAGCUUAGCAGUGAUUUAGCAAGGGAGUAUGACAAGCAUAGCAAUCCCUUGUAGCAGAUUCCCCCAAUAAGAGACGGCACUCCAAAUUGAGGGUGAAGUAGAACUGCGAUGUUAAUGAAACACUCUGCUUUUAUGCACAUUUUACACACCUAGUACCGCCCACAGGGUUUGUAAAACAACCAAUCCAGCACGUACAUUAUAGUAAAACACUCCCAUUCAUUCCCACAAAAUCCUCCCCUCUGCCUGUGAAAUAAUUACUGAACACAAUGGGCUAACGUAAUUAUCACAGGCAGGAAAAAUAUACUUUUUAUACAUGUAUUGUAACUUUAAAACUAUACAUGCCAUUCACAUAAAACAUACAUUUUCAGAAUCAGCAUACUCCAAAUAUGAACACGAAAAUCAUACAAAUCCCUCCAGUAGAUAAAAAAUUAGUCGGAAGUCCUUUGUGACCGACUGCAAGCACAUUUUCCUGCCCAAAACAGUUCCAUAGAUUUGGGCUGUGCGGUCGGUCAAUUUCACACUGAAAAAUGGCUAAGUCCCAUUCGAAUGCACGAACGGGGCCGUUCGUGCAUUUGGCUCAGUAUAACCGUGAGUUCAAACUGCCGAACGGGACUUAGUCUCUGUAGCUGAAAACUGAGUGGAGAAGAAGGUAGGGGUCAGCGGUGUUCGUUGAAAUGUGCAGCCGAUUUCAGGUCCAUGAAUUUGGCUACACAUACCGCUGACCACGUGCGAAUGAAUAAAGAUGGCCGCCGCCACGUGUUAGUUUGUACGAACGGCUGCCACCCAGCGGUCAGCAAUUUACCUACAGCAGGCUCCCAGCCUGGGAGGUGAAUUGCCUGCUCACUUCCAUUUCUGAGUGGUCCGCCUGUGUGGUACUUGGUUCAGUAAGUUCCAGUUACUGAACCAAGUGGGAGAAAGCCAGCCCUUUAAAGUAUUUUAAAGGGCUGGGGACAUAGUCAUAAAGGGUCAUUGUCACACAAAGUCUCAGUAUGUCCCCAGAUGGUUCUUAAAGGGCCAGCACGGUCUAAUACAAGUCCAUAAGCCCAAAUGUAGUCCAAUAGAAGUCCAAAAUGGGCCAUACACAGUCCAAUAGAAGUCCAUAAGCCCCAAGACUGUUGUUAAAGGGCAAAAUCUCCCAGGGGCCAUAGUCAGAAGGUAGGAGGCGGGCAAACAGGCCCCUCCAAAAACCAGUGGUGAGGUCGCUUUCGUCACAGGGACUGUGUGUAAUAUGGGGGGACACUGUGUUAGAUGGGGUGACACAGUGUAAUAUGGGGGGACAGCGUGCAAUAUGGGGGGGGACAGUGUGUGAUAUGGGGGGACAGUGCGUUAUAUGGGGGGAAUGGUGUGUGAUAUGAGGGGCAGUGCCUAAUAUGGGGGGGACAGUGCGUAAUAUGUGCCUACGGUGUUUGAUACGGGGGGUACUGUGCUUAAUAUGGGAACACUGCGUGAUAUGAGGGUACUGUGUGUGGUAUGGGGGUUACCGAGUGUAGGUAGGGGGUAAUGAGCAUAGUAUGGUCGUUCCGAGCAUAGUGUUGGGGUACCAAGUAUCGUAUGGGGGUACUGACUUUAUAAUUUAAGAAUACCGUGCAUGAUAAUGCGUAUGGAAAUCCUGCCUUAAAUGGGAAUGACCGCAUGAGCUUUUUACCCCAUGUGUGUCCUAGGCAUUCAUCAUUGAUGUUUAGAGGGAACUCUGCUUAAUGUUUGCUCUCUGUUCAGGUCCUGUCUGGCUGCGGUGUUUACGAUGGGUCCGAAAUCCAUGAAGCAUCUGCGUGAGUAUUCUCAAAUGUAUUGUGAGCAGGGUAAUGAAUUUAUCACGUCCAUACUUUAUUAGACUGACCAUGGCGACUAUUCUCUGAGCCAUCAAUAUACAUACUGCGGCAGAUCCACUGCGCGCCAUACUUAGCUGAAUAUUAUUGUGUCACAUGGUCUUAUGGAGGUAAAAAAAUAUAAAUUUAUUUACUCCAACAUUCCCGUUACCCCAAUGUGUGCUGCGAGGUAAGGCAGAGAUUAAUGUAUCAUUUCUCAGCUAGAACCCUAUCAUUCCCCGUUACCCCAUAGUGUACUGUGAGGAAAGGCAGAGAUUAAUGUAUCACUUCACAGCUUGAACCCCAACAUUCCCCAUUACCCCAUCGUGUACUGUGAGGUAAGGCAGAGAUUAAUGUAUCACUUCUCAGCUAGAACCCCAACAUUCCCCGUUAACCCAUCUCGUGCUGUGAGGUAAGGCAGAGAUUAAUGUAUCACUUCUCAGCUAGAACCCCAACAUUCCCCGUUACCCCAUCGUGUGCUGUGAGGUAAGGCAGAGAUUAAUGUAUCACUUCUCAGCUAGAACCCCAACAUUCCCCGUUAACCCAUCUCGUACUGCGAGGUAAGACAGAGAUUAAUGUAUCACUUCUCAGCUAGAACCCCAACAUUCCCCGUUACCCCAUCCUCUUUUCUUAACCCAGCUAUUUCCGUCCCAGAUGCGAUGGCUUUUUGCUUUGUACUCUCUCCGCAGAAUCCUUGUCCACCUGAGCCGUGCGGGGGCCGAUGUGAAGAUCUUUGCUCCAGAUACCUCUCAGAUGCAUGUUAUUGAUCACAGUAAAGGUCAGCCCACACAGGAGAGCAGGUACACAUCCAGCGCGCAGGAUUCAUUGUUUCACUAGAAACCUUGUUAAUAAACAGUAUGUGUACAAUGGUUACCCAAUAGUGGUGUUCUGAUAAUGAUUACAGCACUGGACGGGCUCAUUUGGCAGCGAGAGGAAUUUGCCAUUUUUCCGAUCUCAGGAAAAGGUUUGUAAAUGGGGUUCCCUCUAGCCAGAUGUGAAACUUUCAGAUUGGUGAUUACUUUGUAUAGUGCGCUUACAAAUGUAAUUAAGUUAAAAAUAAGCAGCUACACACUCUAGUGGAUACUCUUAUCCCCACUAAUUAUAGAAAUGAACCAAAGUGAGCUUAGUACAAUCUGGAUAUAACGUCCAGACUCUACUAAUCAAAUGAGUGGAGCGUUAAAGGUAUAAACUUACCCUCAAAUAGGGUUAAAUCUCAGAUGUAUAUCAGUACAUAUAAAGGAAACAAAAAAAUAAAACACCAUAUAUUGUAAAUCCACAGGUGGUAAUGUAUUUUGGUGAUAAUUCAAGUAGUCAAACUCGCAUUGAUCGGAGCCUCAAAGGGACAGGCUCAAAUCACUUGCACAGUAGUGUCGUAUGGAGACACUGCACCCUUUUGCCUGGAAUGGAUUUCCUCAAAGGAGAGAGAAAGGCAGACUUCCUAGUGUAUUAAGUAUCAACCAAAAUUUAAAAAAAAAACAGUGGUUAUGGCUGUGCUCACCUUUUCCUGAGCCAAUGAGAACCUGGCUCUGGAUGCUAGACCUGGGUACCUCUAGAGGGAGGCACCUGCCCUUCUUUAGCAGCAAGAUGAAGUUAGAAGCUGAUGGGACUUGGUUUAAAAUACAUACAUUUAUUGCAACUUUAAAUAUAAAAACAAGAACAUAGAAUUAGCGCCAGUCCCGAGACCGAUUGAAAAAGACCCCAUAGUGUGGGUGAAACGCGUCUCGGGACUGGCGCUAAUUACUGGGACAUUCUUUAUCUUAUAUAGAAGCAACUGGAUAUUUUUAUUUAAUUCUAUGUUUUUGUUUUUAUAUUUAAAGUGAUGUGAAUGUGAUGCAUACUUUUAAAGUUAUGAAUAAUGUGGAAAAAUUGUAUUUCUCUGCCUGUGAUAAUUAUAUUACCCAUUGUGUAAGGUGAUUGAAUCACAGGCAGAGGGGAGGAAUUUGUGUGGGAGUGUCUGAGUGUAUUGUAUGUGUUUAUUGGUUGUGUUCCAAAACCCUGUGGGUGGUACUAAUGUGUAAGAAUGUGUACAUAAGCACAAUAAACCCACAGCUCUGGCUGUUCACUGCUUGACCCUCAACACAGAGAUUUGUCUCGUUCUUGGGGGGAUUUACUGUAUGCUGUUCCAGUUUGACUGCUAGGAGUGUAAACCUAUUCGUAUGGUUUUUCCUAUUCGGCUGUUUACGGCAUUCGUAUGGUUUCUUGUUCGGCGGAUUGGUGUUCUGCAGUAGCUGUGCCUGUGUCUCUGGAAUGGAAGAUCUACUAAACGGCGGUUUAACCCUUUUAUGCCCGGGGUGCCGUUACACUGUCCCUUUGAGGCUCCGAUCAAUGCGAGUUUGACUACUUGAAUUAUCACCAAAAUACAUUACCACCUGUGGAUUUACAAUAUAUGGUGUUUUAUUUUUUUGUUUCCUUUAUAUGUACUGAUAUACAUCUGAGAUUUAACCCUAUUUUAGGGUAAGUUUAUACCUUUAACGCUCCACUCAUUUGAUUAGUAGAGUCUGGACAUUAUAUCUAGAUUGUACUAAGCUCACUUUGGUUCAGAUGUGAAACUUUGCACAGAAAAUUCAUCUGUAUUUUUCCCCAGACCUCCUGGCUAUACGCCUUUUAGUGCUGCUACACAGGCCUCUGAUGGUAAUUGACAAUUAGAAUUCAGGAGAUAAUUAUUCUGCUUAGAGUCAUAACCAGAAAAUAGCACUAAUACUAAUCCAGAGGGGAAUAGUUACAUAGCUGAAAAGAGACUUGCGUCCAUCAAGUUCAGCCUUCCUCACAUAUGUUGUUGCUGUUGAUCCAAAAGAAGGCAAAAAACCUAGUCUGAAGCGCUUCCAAUUUUGCAACAAACUAGGGAAAAAAUUCCUUCUUGACCCCAAAAUAGCAGUCAGAUGUCUCCUUGGAUCGAGCAGCUAUUACCCCACUAAUUAGAAAUUUUAUCCCUGUAUGUUAUGUUUUUGUAAGUAUUUAUCCAAUUGUUGUUUAAACAUCUGUAUGGACUCUGAUAAAACCACCACUUGAGGCAGAGAAUUCCAUAUCCUUAUUGCUCUCACUGAAAAAAAACCUUUUCUUUGCCUUCGAUGAAAUCUCCUUUCUUCCAGUCUAAAUGUGUGACCUCGUGUCCUAUGUAUAGCCCUGUUUAUGAAUAGAUUUCCAGAUAAAGGUUUGUACUGGCCCCGAAUAUAUUUGUAUAAAGUUAUCAUAUGCCCUCUGAGGUGCUUAUACAGAUUGAGAAUGCUGAGUGUAUUCCCUACAAAGAAAGUCCAAACAUGACUGGUGCACCUUCAGCUGUGUAAGGUGACAAUACCAGACCUAUAGACAUUAUUUCUGUGACAGACGUACAGCAAGAUCAACCUAGAAUCCUGACAGUCUCUCCUACUUCGUCCUGGACUUCUGUCAGGCUGGAUUGCAAAGUCAAGAUGGGCACAAAGAGUAUGAGAUCUCCAGUAUGCAAAUUCUGGGUACAUGGGAGUCCAGAUCUGUUGCUAUUUACUUUCCGGGACUCCCUUGAGUCCCUUGAGUGAUUGAUACUGUAAAGGCAAAGUGAAGAACUGGAUUCCCUGUUCAUUUUGAACCAUCUCUUUGUGUAAAUAAUUGAUAUAUUUAUUUCUAUGUAUGCACUGUGACCUUUAUUAAGUUCUGCCAUUACCUGAAUUUAAUGAUAAAGUUGACUUGAAGUUGUAUCUGUUUCGGGGAGUAUUGAAGGCACCCCAUUUAUAAAUUGCCCUGGUGGUGGCAGCUUUUGAUACAAUAGUUGAGUAUAGGUGUAGUUGUUUUUUGUUUUUUUUUCUAUCAUUAUUUUUGGUCUAGUGCAGAUGGUAAAUCACGAUUGAUUGUUUGUUGUGUGUUUUUGUAUUGUUUGUUGUCUAAUGGUGCAUGAGUAUUGGGAAUUUUCCUUUGGUAUAUAUCAGACAAAGAUAAGUACAGCAGUUUGUCUUUGACACAGGCCGGUGAACGUAUGGUGACAUACAAUGUUACAUAAGAUUGCAUGACAAACAGAUAUUUUCGUUCUGACUGUAAUUUAUUUCCAGGAACGUGUUGGUGGAGUCGGCUCGAAUCGCACGCGGUGACAUCACAGCUUUGUCCAGUCUGAACGUGCAGGAUCAUGAUGCGGUCAUAUUCCCAGGAGGAUUUGGAGCAGCAAAGAACCUGUGAGAAUUAUGGGACUUCUGUUCAGAGGAAGACCCCACUCAGACCUUCUGCUAAUAAAAAAUGAUGUUUCUGUCUAUCGGAAUGAAUAUUACUGUGUAAAUCCAGGAUUCAUGUGAAAGAUGUAUUACUCUUGGCUGGGUGCUGCAGACAUAAAUUACCUCCGUCUUAGUAAUAAACGUGUGUUAUAUUAAAUUUGGUAAUAGUAACAUCCCCUGGAUGUUGGGCAAAAGUAACAUCCCCAGGACGUACUUGGAAAUCAAAGCAAUCUGAAUGUACCUUUUGUGGUUAAAUACUUUGUUGUUAUUAUUAUUUUUAUGAUGAUAAUGAUGAUUAUUAUUAUAUAGGCUGCUAUACAGCUCUGCAAUGGAGCGCAAACCCUAGAAUGGUCUUCAUGCUGUGCAGCUGCGCGUGAGCUGGGUCGGGUGGCAUAUUCUGUGUUUUCAAGGUUUCUACCUGACCCAAUUCCAUAUCUCUUACCCCAGGUCCUCUUUGAUUUAUUAAAUUAAUUUUACUCCGUGUAUUUCACCAAUAUUUAAAUUGUCACCUUUUCUGUGUUUUUGUUUUUUUUCUUUUGUCCCACAUUUACAAUUAUUACUUAAUCAUUAUAUUUACGUAUAAUUUCCCACAAAGUAGAGGGAUCUCCCAAGGAGGGCCAUUCUUCAGUUGGAGUUGUCGGGUUAGCCCAUAAUGUAAUUGUAUGGGACAGUGGGGUUACCAGGGGACUAUGACUAUAUAGUACAGUUAUUUUUUUCUUUGUUUUACAGAUCCUCCUUUGCUGUGGACGGGGAGUCAUGUGGCAUUAAUUCAGAUGUGGAACGUGUUCUGAAGGAUUUUAACAAAUCAAAGAAACCUAUUGGGUAAGACAACUGGAUUUACUCUUGUGUCUGAAGCGCACUGCCCAGCCUGGCUCCCGCCCUGUGUCCAUGGCGCAGUGCCCAGCCUGGCUCCCUCCUCGUAUAAAAGGUGCACUGCCCAGCCUGGCUCCCUUGCCGUGUCUGAGACGCACUGCUGAGCCUGGCUCCCUCACAGUGUCUGAGGCGCACUGCCCAGCCUGGCUCCCGCCCUGUGUCCAUGGCGCAGUGCCCAGCCUGGCUCCCUCCUCGUAUGAAAGGUGCACUGCCCAGCCUGGCUCCCUUGCCGUGUCUGAGACGCACUGCUGA